UAGUACUAGAUAUCCUACAUAACAGCCUUUUUUCCAUAGUAUAAGUAAUUACAGUAUGAAGAAACAUGAUGUAAUAUUAAAAUAUGGGCCUUAUUUAUCAGGUGCAACUGCUCAACACCGUGAAGAUCGCUUAAAAGGCAUAGUGACAUCAUUAACAAAGGAUGGACAUUUAGUAUUUUUAGAACGAAUUCAAGAUCACAAUGUUGUUCAGUUAGUUGUUCACGGUGAAGUUGUGUAUAAAUGCAGAAUUGAUGACUUGGUAUUUGGUGGAGAUGGGAAAUUAGAUCCCAAUUGUUCUUAUGCAGUACAGGCUGUUCGCAAAGCAUAUUAAGUAUAUUAAUCUCGUCAUAUGUCAUAACCAUGCAUAUGUGUGUUAUUUUGGGCUUGUUUUAAAAUGUUUAAAAGUAUAUAUAUUUAUAAAAAACUCCUUUUUAAUAAAAUUAUGUAGAUGUAUAUAUACACAUUUUAUUUCGAUUGAAACUAUGUGUAUAUUGUUUUCAAUGUCAUUAAAUACUCUAUAUAA